GAUUGAGACAGUUGAAUUCAGUGUUCUGGAAGCGAAACAGCUAGGUGUUCUGGGAGUGUGAUUUAGUUCUGUGGGAAUACUUACCUUGGAUAUUGUGCUAAGAACUGUUAAUUUGGAAAAAGGACUCUUGAGAGUAGUGCAUCACUAGGUGAAAAGUUGCAAGUGAUUUUUUGUGCAUCAACAGAAACUAUACAAUUAUCAAUUAUACAAUGAUCAAGAUUGUGGGUCUCUCGCUGUGCUGCCUGGCGUUGACGAUCGUGGAUCAGACGUUAGCACAGAACAACCAGUAUCUGCCUCCGGAUAAGGGCUAUGACUACGACAAACCGAAGCAGCCAUUCCCAUCUGCCACUCAGCCCACGCAGGUGCGGCCACCGGCACCCUCCUACGGACCUCCGGCUGCCGGCGGUGGUCCCGGUGCUGAUCACGUACACGAGCCAGGAAUGCCGUUCGACUUCACCUACAACGUUAACGACAUCCAAAGCGGAAACGACUACUCGCACAACGCCGUCAGCGAUGGGGAUGUGACCCGGGGCGAAUACCGGGUUCAACUUCCGGACGGCCGAACCCAGGUUGUCCGAUACACCGCCGACUGGAAGAACGGCUACAACGCUGAGGUAUCGUACGAAGGUGAAGCCAAAUAUCCGGAAGGUGCCGGACAGGGAGGUGCCAACGCUGGAGGAUACAAGUACUAGAACUUCCGCCCCACCCCCCAAACUUUUAGUUCCCGAAGCCUGAGAAGGUUUCAAAAUCGUGAUGACUCAAAACCAGCGUGUUUCGAAAUGGUUUUUCGUUCCGAAGGGAUAUGGAAAAUCAAAUUUCUGCCUAAUUAAACACGCUUCAAGUAUACUUCAGCUCUCUCAGAAACGCUGUGUCAAAGUGAUAGCUAUUAAGUACUGAAAUUAUGUAAAAAGUUAACCCUCUCACCGUGCACCGUCCUUCGCGCCAUAAAUCAUUUUGUUUUUUAUUUAAUUUGUGUUUGCCUUCCCAAUCCUCGUUAAUGGGAUUCGCAUCUUGAAGCCAGUAUUUUUGCUUAAAGCGAGGACACACGCAUCAUGGGACCGAUUUCGCAAAAUCUAAUUAAUAGUCUGAACAAAAUUAGACAGAGAUAAGACCCAGGUGUCACAUUCCGAUCGUUUGGUAUAGAAGUGUAGAGCAAAUUGUCCUUAAUAGUACUCUCAGCGUGCGAUCGCCAAUUGGGCACCUUAAUCUGUAGUGAUUAAGCUUUCGGAACACAUUCCACUCACUUUUGAAAGAUGCAAAAUGAAAAAAAAACAGCAAAGUCAGCCAACGGCGCACAGAAAAGCAUGUAGCAUAAAUUAUCGCGUUAAUUUAUAAUUAAAAUAAACGUGUACAUGAUUCUCUGAAUAGUCAUAAA